ACACUGUUACCGGGUGCCAUCGCAGUUCAAUUCCGGUUGCCGAGCCUUUUCACCCCUUUGCUCUGUCUUCAAAUGGAAAUGAUUUCUAUUGGCCCAAGGUGUCCAUGUAAAUAGGUGUAAAUGAAACCAGAUUAUGCCUUUCUCCCAGCCCCCCUCCUCCCAAGGCGAUUGUCAUGUGAUAGCAAAGAAGUGGCACAUUAAUGAAGCGCCUCUACAGGGGUCUUUUCUGCCCAUGUCGCCACAUAAAACUAUCAGAUGGUUAGAGGAAGGACAUGGAUGCAGCCACUUAGCUCGUCUUAUCAGGAAAGAAGGAGAGAGAGAGAGGACCUAGUCCAUUCAAGCUGGCCUGGGAAGAAGGAAGCUUUGCUUUCUCGAGAUCACAGCUCCUCCAAGAAGUGAACUUGUUUUUAUACGACGUGUCUUGGCGUUCCUUCACAUAAACUGCGGGUCGUGCAUCACGCCUAACUUUAAUCCACUGAAACUUGGACGGGCUGCAUAUACGGUAAAAUCAUCGUAGCUUGCUUGCAUUUCAUUCUGUGCUCCUUUGAAGACUUGUGAAAUCUCUUACGGACACACAGGUAGACUUUCUACUGAAUUUCUUGCGCCACGCAAUUUUGUAAGGAUGCCUAGACCCGGGAGAAACACUUACAGCGACCAGAAACCUCCGUACUCCUACAUUUCUCUCACCGCCAUGGCUAUCCAGGGCUGUCCGGAGAAGAUGCUCCCCCUUAGCGAAAUUUACAAGUUUAUUAUGGAUCGUUUUCCGUACUACCGAGAGAACACCCAGCGCUGGCAAAACUCCCUGCGCCACAACCUGUCUUUCAACGACUGUUUCAUUAAAAUCCCCCGCCGUCCGGACCAGCCCGGCAAAGGCAGCUUCUGGGCACUCCAUCCCAGCUGCGGCGACAUGUUUGAGAACGGAAGUUUCCUAAGACGCCGAAAACGCUUCAAGGUGAUGAUGACAUCCGAUCACUUGGCACCCAGCAAGACCUCGGAGGCAGCCCACUACCUCCAGCAGCACGCCAAGCUCAGGCUCAGCGCCCUGGCAGCGACGGGCACCCAUCUCCCCCAGAUGUCCAGCUACAACUUGGGAGUGUCCCAGCCGUCCACGUUCAAGCAUCCCUUCGCCAUCGAGAACAUCAUCGCCCGAGAGUACAAAGUGCCAGGGGGGCUGGCGUUCUCUACCAUGCAGUCCAUGUCCGCCGGGUAUCCUCUGCACAACCAGCUCACCACAUCUUGGCCCCAUAUGUACAGCACCAGUGUGAUCGACAGCGCGGCCCCCAUCUCGAUGGCCAGCAGUGAUUACAGUGCAUACGGCGUGCCCAUCAAGUCUCUCUGCCACGGGGGACAGACCUUACCGGCGAUCCCGGUCCCGAUCAAACCGACUCCGGCGUCGGUGCUCGGCCUGUCGGCUUUGCCUCAUCACAUUCCUGCGUUCCUGUCGAACUCUCCACAGUCAAUGAGUCCGACGUCCCCGCAGACAGCGACCAGCCAAAGCAGCCCCGCCACCCCGAGCGAGACUCUGACGAGUCCCUCGACAUUCCAGUCGGUCGCUGUGCACUGACACAACAGGUGUCGUUACCUGAAAACUGGUCCUCGUGGUCAGCACCUAUUCCAAAGCUGAAUUUUAAUUAUGGUCCUUGAAAACGUAAGCCGAAAAAUUCUCGCUACACAAUCAAGGCAAGAGCUAUCUAUGUUGCAGUGAUGUUUAUUUAAGUGUAUGUGUUUCCAGUUUAAAUGUUGAUCACUUGGAUCGAGCGCGGAUAUAAUAUUGUAAAAUUGUCAUUGUUUUUCUUUUCCAAAAUAUCGGAGAGUUUCUACAUUUUAAAUAUACAGAAUUUAUGUGCUUAUUUUAUAAGUUGACUGUUGGCAUAUUUCAAGCACUGCAGUCUGCUUCAUGUUUGGAUUGCACACGUGCUAGUCGAUUCACAAAGCAGACAAUUUAGGCUGUCUUUCGUAAAUAAUUAUAGUCUUCAAUUUGAUCAAGAAUCACAUUUGCAAAAAAUGUGCUGAAUACUAUUAAACGUUUAUUCUCUCAGUCGACAGCAUAAGUAAUCUAAUUCAGACAAUGUUCGGCUUGAAUGCUAAUGUUUUGUUAGUAGUUAUGCUACUAACUUCGACAGCUAAACUCAUUUCAGUCUGCAUACCAAAUAUACAUGUCAACUUGAUCGAAAACACCCCCCCCACACACACACACAAACACACGCACGCACGCACGCACGCACGCACGCACGCACACACACACACACGUACAGUAUUUGCUACAACGUCAAACUUGAACAAGAAAAUAGAUGUAAGUAAUAGGGUCGUCGCUUUAAUGGCGAAGUAAAUAUGUGAAUAAUUGCAAAUAAGUGAUAUUGAAUUGUUUAAAAUGCACUUUUUAGUUAGAUGUUUUACAUUAUAUUUUCCAGGAAAUGUUUUGUGAGCAUUUAAUUUAAAGCCGUGGUGACCAUUUGUAUUAAAUGCCGUACAUUUGUACUUUUUGUUCAGAUAUGAAGCAUGCCUUUUCCAGACUUUGUGUUGUUUUGCUGCAAGCAUGCGUGCUUUUAAAAGGUGUGCAAAACGUCUGCAUUAAAUUAUAAACUUGGUCAUCAAACUAUUUUUUCAUUAAAAUUGUGUAA